AUGAAUUUCUCGUGCUGGACGCUUCCAGUCAAGCAAGACAUUGAUGCUUGGGAAAGGCUAGGAAACAAAGGAUGGAAUUGGGAAAAUCACGAGAAGUAUCACUACAAGGCCGUCAGAUAUGUGCCUCUUGAUACUACCCAUGGUAAACCAGAAGUUCGGGGGCGCGACCCCGAAGCAUUGAAAGUAUGGGAUCUCAACCAACAUCCUUCUGGAACAGGUCCACUGGUUCUGACUCAUCCACGAACAGCAUUCGAUAUUGACGUGAAGGCUUCUGAGGCUUUCCUACAGGCAGGAAUACCAAGAGCUCCCGCACCUUAUCAUGGCAAUCCAAAGGGACUUCAUCUCAUCCUCAACAGUGUCGACCCUACGACGCAUUUGCGAACCUACGCAGCGAACGCGUACUUCACGCCGGUCUCUCAUCGACCGAACUUGGUCGUCCUUUCAACUGCGUACGCACAUAGGAUUGUCACUAACGGGGAAGGGGAUGGGAACAUCGUCGCCAGCGGAGUGGAGUUUAGCUAUGGGGAGGAUAAGUCUGUCUGUGUUGCUCAUGCCAAAAAGGAAGUCAUACUCUCCGCAGGGGCAAUCAAGUCGCCUCAGAUUCUUGAGCUAUCCGGUAUUGGCUGUGAAGAUAUCUUGACCAAGAUCGGCGUUCCAAUCAAGGUGUCUCUUCCUGGAGUAGGCGAGAACGUUCAGGAACAUUUAUUCGUUCCUGCGACCUUUGAGUUGAAGGAUUCUACCACAGAAACGCUGGAUGUUCUGCGAGACGAGAAGGAAACAGCUAAACAAGUCGAACUUCUAUUGAAGGGUCAGGGCGUUUAUACGACCGGGCUUGCCAACCUUGUAUGGCUUUCGUUUUCAGAUGUUACGCCUCGAUCAGAAAGCCUCAUUGCUGAGGAAGGCAAACGGAUAGAUGAGGAUAUCAAAAACAAUAUAUAUCCACCCGGAUUGACUGACCAGUACAAAAUCCUAUUGGAGGGUCUUCGCAACAACGCCCCGGGCUGCGAAUAUACAACUUUCCCGAGAUUCUUCGCGUUGGACAAACCACCCCUUCCCAAUAAGCGGUAUGUUACUUUCAUGUGCUUCCUGAAUCAUCCCUUCACGAGGGGCACCAUCCACGCAUCAACCAACGACCCGUUCGCGAAUCCGGAUAUGGACCCUCAUUACUUUGAGCAUGAGAUCGACAGGCAGACUUUGGUUGCUGGGAUACAGUUUGUCAGAAAAAUUGCUAAGACACCGCCUUUGCGAGACGAGAUUGCCGUGGAACAUUCUCCUGGACCCGAAAUUCAAACAGACGAACAGUUGACAGAAUGGGUGCAAAAUGGAAUGGCUAGUACAUACCACACUGCCGGAUCUUGUUCGAUGCUACCCAGGGAACACAAUGGAGUAGUGGAUACCCAUUUGAAGGUCUAUGGAACUAAGAAUAUUCGAGUCGUCGAUUUAUCUAUCGUUCCACUCCAUCUCGCCUGCCAUCCGCAAGCUACCGUCUAUUCAAUCGCUGAACAGGCGUCAGAUAUUAUCAGAGGAAAGUUCAAUCCUUGA